GGGCUGGCGGCGGUGGGAGGGGUUUGGAGCUGGGACCGGGAUCAUGAGGCGCCGGGGCGCGGUGCAGCGGAAGGUGCCGUGUUUGUUCGUGACGGAAGUGAAGGAUGAGCCUUCAGCGAAGCGGGAGCGGCAGCCAUUUAAAGUUUUGGCUACUGAAACUAUAACUACAAAGGCAAUAGAGGCAGAUAUAUACAGUGCAAUUCCUACUGAAAAGGUGGAUGGAACCUGCUGUUAUGUAACUACCUACAAAGGGCAACCUUAUCUAUGGGCUAGGCUGGAUCGUAAACCUAACAAGCAAGCUGAAAAAAAGUUUAAACAGUUCUUGUAUUCACUGGAAGAUUGCAAAGAAUUUGCUUGGAACAUUGAAGAGGAUUUCAAGCCUGUUCCAGAUACCUGGAUUCCAGCAAAGGACAUAGAGUUCUCUAAUGGCAAUCCCUUGCCUGAUGAAAAUGGACAUAUGCCAGGUUGGGUGCCUGUGGAGAAAAAUAGUAAGCAGUAUUGCUGGCACUCAUCCGUUGUAAAUUAUGAGGCUGAAAUAGCACUGGUAUUGAAACACCAUGCUGAGCCAGGGCUUCUGGAAAUCAGUCCGGUGCCAUUAUCAGAAAUUUUAGAACAAACACUGGAGCUUAUUGGGACUAAUAUUAAUGCAAAUCCAUAUGGAUUAGGAAGCAAGAAGCAGCCUGUACAUCUUCUUGUGCCACAUGGAGCAUUUGAAAUAAAGAAUCCGCCCCCUUUGAAACAAAAUGACAUACUAUCUUGGUUUGAAGGCUGCAAUGAAGGCAAAGUGGAAGGAAUUGUGUGGCACUGCAAUAAUGGGUGUUUAAUCAAGCUCCAUCGCCAUCAUCUUGGCUUACGCUGGCCACUUGCAGAGACAUACCUGAAUUCUCAGCCUGUUGUAAUUUCUUUUAAUAGAGCUAAAUAUGACUGUGACUUUGAACCAAAGAGUUUGUUUCACCAUUUUUCAAACUUGAAUGGUCAAAGAUUUGACAGACUCCAAGAUAUCAAGUUUGAUGCUUGAAAUGAUUUUUUAUGAGCGACAUUCCUCUUGUGUCUACCACAGAACUCUUCACAAAUAAUCUAUCUCAGGCAACAGCCUAGGUACUGUACAAUGUUAAGUCUUUCCUAAAUGACUGAUUUUCUGUAACGAGAGAUCCAACAUCCAGAGCAGAGAUCUAGCUUCUAGCACGUUUAUUUUCAGUUUGGAAAAAUUCUUAACUUUUGAAUCCGUUUCUGGAAACUGUUAUAAGCAAGUGUCAGAAGCAUACUGUCUAACACUGGCUGGUCCUAAUAGCUUAGCUCAUGAGUGCAAUCAAUUGUAAAAGUUCCCUAGCUUGCACUUUUAUAAAUAUAAUUAUUAUGACACUGUUGUACGUAGGAUUUUGUUUUUUAACAGUAAAGGAUGUAUUUCAGGUGGGACCCUAAAACUGCAUUUUUUAAUUUAUUUUUCUAAGUUGUAACAGUUUCUUUUGGUGGAAAACUUUUCAUUGGCAUUACUUAACUGGUAAGCUGCAACAUUAUACUAUUACUCAAAAGCCUACUCAAGCUAUAUGCUACUUAAGUACUUCUACUGUUUUGAGAAAAAAAGCAUAAAAGAAAGUAAACUUCUCUUUUAGAGAUCCUCAGUAAUUUGAGACAUGACUUGGCUUAAUAACACCCAUUUUCAAACUGCAUCUCAAUUAGGAAACUUCAUCAAGGGCAUAUUAAGAAAGAUGACAUAUAAAUAAUAAAGGUGAGACUGUGUGA